UUAUACACAGAAUGAACCAUUUCAUGUCUUCAUUUAUUUAAUUUAUUCUUAUUAUAAUGAUUAUGGCUUACAUUUAAUGAAGACCUGAAAUUCAGUGUCUCAAAUGUGAAUAUUGCAAAAAAACAACAACAUAAAAAGUCUGUUUAAUGUGUAAAUGUUGUCCUCUGAAAAGUCAGUCAUCUAUAUGACUCAAUACUUGGUUGGGACUGUUUGACUUGAACUACUGGAAAUAGUCUUUUCUAUGAUAUUGUCAUUUAUUGAGACGCACAUAUACUUUCACUUUCGUUCAUAACUUGUCUGAGUCUGUUUUACCUAGAUACAAGUGACGUCAUGCUCAGAAUAAAUUCCCAUUGGCUCAGAUGAAGGUUUGUUCAGCGUCACCUCUUGUUUUCUCCUCAUUUCAACUCUGAUUGUGGAGCAGGAAGGAUGAUCUCUGUUUCUCUCUUCAGACAAACACACAAAGCUUCACUCUGGUAAAUCUUCAGACGGUCACAAUGCAGAUCUUUGCUGCUCUGGUUCUCCUGGGAACAGCCCUGCAUGGCGCUGCACCAAUGACUCACUCUAUGAUGAAUUUCUACACUGGAUCGUCUCAAGUCCCAAACUUCCCAGAGUUUGUGUUUGUUGGUUUGGUUAAUGAGAUUGAGACAGAUCACUAUGAUAGUAACAGCAGGAAAUAUGAACCCAAACAGGAGUGGGUGAUCAGAGCCACAGAAGAUGAUCCUCAGUACUGGCAGAGGGGGACUGAGAGUAGAUUUAAUACCCAGCAGCUCUUCAAAAACAACAUUGAAGUUGCAAAGCAGCGCUUCAACCAAACUGGAGGUGUCCACAUUUUCCAGGUGAUGGAAGGCUGUGAAUGGGAUGAUGAGACUGAUGAGGUCAAAGGUUAUCAACAGUACGCUUAUGAUGGAGAAGACUUCUUAUCAUUGGACCUGGAGACAGAGACAUGGGUCGCUCCAAAACAACAGGCUGUCAUCACCAAACACAAGUUGGAUAAUAAUAAAGCUCUGAUGGAUCAGAACAAACACUACUUCACCCAGAUUUGUCCUGAGUGGCUGAAGAAGUCUGUGAAGUUCGGGAGGAGCUCUCUGCUGAGAAAAGACCUUCCCUCAGUGUCUCUCCUCCAGAAGACUCCCUCCUCUCCAGUCAGCUGCCACGCUACAGGUUUCUACCCUGACGGAGCCAUGAUGUUCUGGAGGAAAGAUGGAGAGGAGCUUCAUGAGGACGUGGACCUCGGAGAGAUCCUCCCCAACCACGAUGGAUCCUUCCAGAUGAGUGUUGACCUGGACCUCUCAUCAGUCAAACCUGAAGACUGGACCAGGUACGACUGUGUGUUUCAGCUGGUUGGUGUGAAGGAGCACAUCUUCACCAGACUGGAAGAAGAAAAGAUCAGGACCAACAGAGAGAAACCCACUGACAAUAACGGCAUCAACAUUCCUGCAGUCGUUCUUCCUCUCGUCCUCCUCCUCCUCCUCGCUGUGAUUGGAUUCUUAGUUUACAGAAGAAGAAUAACAGGAAGAUGGUGUUAGAAGAUACUCUGGCAUUUGGCAGUUGUGACGACUAAAACAAUGUGUGUGGACAACUGUGCACAGUUGUCCAGUUAUAGUCAGAUUUUGGCAAUAGUUUUUCCAAGUGUCAUGUAAAUGUACUGAAUGACACCA